AUGAAGCAAAGCAAGAAUCAGCUUAGGAGGGCCAAGAAAAAAGCCCAAAAGGUGCAGGCCGUAGGCGAAAUUAGUGAAGAAAAGGCCCAGGAUUCCGAAACAAUAGCCCCUCCACCUCCUACCACCCAGGAUGAUCCGAAGUCCCCUGUCAUUGACGAGUUCGCCGAGUCGAAUGAUCCAUUAUGGGAAAUGUACAAGGGCGUCAUUGACAGAUUCGACGAGACCGCCGACGAAAGCGCUACCGCUAGAGAGGCCGACAAGCCAGAAGUCUUUUUUGAUGAUGCCGACGACAUUCCUGAUGAGGAGCAGGAGAGCGAACCGAAGAUUUCAAAAAAGAAACGAAAAGAAUUGAACAAGCUAUCCGUGGCCGAAUUAAAGGCUAUGGUUCGCAAACCUGAAAUUGUGGAAUGGACAGACACGUCAGCGAACGAUCCUCGGCUCUUAAUUCAUAUAAAGGCCCAUCGUAAUGUGGUUCCGGUUCCUUCUCACUGGUCACUCAAGCGGGAAUACCUCUCUUCCAAACGGGGUGUGGAGAAAGCCCCCUUUGCCCUCCCUAAGUUCAUUCAGGAAACAGGAAUUGCGGAGAUGCGCGAUGCGGCUCUGGACAAGCAAGAUCAGUCAAGUUUGAAGUCAAAACAACGAGAAAGGGUUCAGCCAAAGAUGGGACGGUUGGAUAUCGACUAUCAGAAAUUAUACGAGGCAUUUUUCCGCUUCCAAACCAAGCCGGAGCUGACUCGCUAUGGUGAGAUAUAUUACGAGGGCAAGGAAUAUGAAACCAACCUCAAGCAUCUUCGCCCAGGCGAUCUCAGUGAUGAAUUAAAAGAGGCUCUCAAUAUGCCACCCGGGGCUCCCCCUCCUUGGCUUAUCAACCAACAACGCUAUGGGCCACCUCCAUCCUAUCCUGCCUUGAAAAUUCCCGGUCUCAAUGCACCACCGCCUCCAGGUGCCAUGUGGGGGUACCACCCAGGUGGAUAUGGAAAACCACCUGUGGAUGAACACAACCGACCGCUCUACGGGGGCGAUAUUUUUGGAGUUUUACAGCCGCAGCAAAAUGCUCAGCAAGGAGAGCCGAUCGAAAAGGAUCUCUGGGGCGAGUUGCAGGCAUCUGAGGAGUCCGAGGAGGAAAGCGAGGAGGAGGAGGAAGAGGAAGACGAUGAAGACGCCGAUGAGGAAGAGGAUGCUGGGGCUCAUUCACCUAGUGGUCUAGACACGCCGAGUGGUAUGGCUUCAGCUGUCCCAACUGAAAUCGGAGGUCCAGAGAAUGUUUCUGGGGAAUUCGACGUGCGAAAGCAUCAUAGAGGAACAGAAACGGAAGAGUCUGUUCACCCACGAAGCGCAUAUCAAGUUAUCCCCGAGAGACAAACGAAUGUGCAAGGAUUUUUCGGUGGUGACAGAGCAUAUGAUCUCAGUACGUCGUCAGGCAACCACCCAGUCCUUGGGGUUGACGAUCAAUCCCGAAAACGCAAGAAGCCUGGUGAUGUUGACGUCGCCGUGGAUCUGGAUGCGAUGCAAGCCGGAGGCGGCAUCAGCAAGGAAAGUAUUCAGAACCUGUACGACGCUCAACGACAGCAACAGAAUCAACCACAGUGGAGCAGAAACUUGACAGAUGAAGUUAGCGGUAUGAUUGCCGACGAAAAUCGCAAACGAUUGCGUAAAGAGAGCGAGCGACGAGGCAAGCACUGA